AUGCCCGCCAAAUCCAAGGUCAGCUCCAAAGCCAAGGAAGCUGAGAAUAAGAGCAAACAGCAAACGCAAGCUGCGGCUGAACCCCAACAACCCCCCAAGACGAUCAACGAGCGCUCUUUCCAGCGCUAUCACCAGACGAACCCCCACGAACGACGGAAGGAAGACGCCGGAGGCCUGCACGCCCUCGCGCCGAACGAGCGCCAGUCCUGGGUGAACGCAAGCUUGGUGCGCCGCGUCGCCAACAGGGAGAUCUACCUCACGAACAAGGCGGAGCGCGAGUUCUGGAAGCAGGUCAGCAGGGAAAGCCCGCCGAUCCGCCGGCUCGAGAAGCAGAAGCAGACCGCCGACCCGAAGAUCGUCUACGACUGGGGAAAGGACAAGAACGGCCGCGACCUCGGCGAGUACCCCAUCGACCAGUUCACCGUCCGGGCCGCGAAGCAAGCGAAGCUCACGGCGCUCGAGGUCUUGCACCGGAGAUUCAUUCAGCGGAGGGAGUUUGCGCGAGACGGCGUCCCCGACGCGACCGACGGUCAGGUUCCGGAUAUCUCGCAGGAAGACAUCGACGAGGAGACAAAGAGAAGACGGGAGAUGGCGGCGCUUAGAAAGGAGCUGUACGGGGACAAGAUGGGACCGUACGCCACGGACCCAGAAUGGGACGACGUCGUGCCCAUCCCCGCCGAGGAGCCCGAGGGCGCCCUGGCUACGAUUGCUUACCCGGAAGACUACGCUGAGGUCAUGAGCUACCUGCGCGCCGUCAUGGUUGCCGAGGAGUACAGCCCGCGGACGCUCCGUCUCACGGAAAACGUCAUUUCCAUGAACCCCGCACACUACACCGUCUGGCUGUACAGGUUCAAGAUUGUCCAGGCGCUUGAGAUCCCAGUCGUCGACGAGAUCGAAUGGCUCAACGAGGUCUCGCUCGAGCAUAUCAAGAACUACCAGAUCUGGCAUCACCGCCAGCUGCUUCUGGAUCACCACCACGAGCGGAUCAAGGGCAGCCCAGACGAAGUGAAGCGGUUCGCGCGAUCCGAGAUGGAGUUUCUCACGCGCAUGCUCGACGAGGACACCAAGAACUACCACGUCUGGAGCUACCGGCAGUACCUCGUGCGCAAGCUGGGGCUGUGGAACCUGCAGGAGCUGCUGUCGACGCAGAACUGGAUCGAGGAGGACGUGAGGAACAACUCGGCGUGGUCGCACCGGUUCUUCCUGGUGUUCUCGGACCCCGCGGCGUCUACGGAGGGGUCGCACGCCACGGAGCACGACCCGAAGGUGCCCGCGGACGUUGUGGACAGAGAGAUCAAGUAUGCUGAGGAGAAGACGCUGCUGGCGCCGCAGAACCAGGCUGCGUGGAAUUACCUGAGGGGCGUGCUUGUCAAGGGCGGACGGAAGCUGGCGACCGCCGAAGCUUUUGCCGCGCAGUUUGUCAAGGGCGUCGGCGAGGGAGGGGACAAGGAGGAGGUGCGUAGCAGCCAUGCGCUUGACUUUUUGGCAGAGGUGUUUGCGGAGAAGGGGCAGAAGGAUGAAGCGGCGAAGUACCUCGAUCGGCUGGCUGAGAAGUGGGAUCCUGUGAGGGCGGGAUACUGGAAGUAUAGGAAGCAGCAGAUCGCAUAA